CCUGAGCACAUUUUAAAUUUCUGCCCCAAACAGGACAAAAAACAAUCAUGCAGUUUGAGAGUUUUGAGCUCCCAGGCUUUCCGAAGCGAUGGGCCAGGAUAAUCAACCCAAUUUGGGGCACUCUUACAAGACGUAUGGCAGAGCGCCUACAGAGGACAGAAGGGCUUGGCGGCUUCACUUCUUUACUUGCAUUUGUGACCUUUUGCAACGUGGAACUCUAGUGAGGGGGAGCUUAAUCAUUCCAAGAUCCCCUGCCUGUGGGACCAGCACGUGGCAAGGGACUGAUGUCCCAUCCUCCAAAGGCAAGAUGGAGGAGUUGGAGGAAGGCCUGCUGAUGCAGCCGUGGGCCCGGCUAGAACUUGCUGAGAACUCCCUCCUGGCCAAGGCGUAUAUCACCAGACAGGGGUAUGCCUUGCUGGUUUCAGAUCUCCAGCAGGUGUGGCAUGAACAGGCAGACGCUUGUGUGGUCAGCCAACGAGCCAAGGAGCUGAACAAGCGGCUGACUGCCCCGCCUGCGGCUUUACUCUGUCAUCUGGAUGAGCUGCUCCGCCCGUUGUUGAAGGACACUGCUUGCCCCGGCAAAGUUAGCUUUGUCUGUGACCAUGUGGGCGAGGCACUGAUACUGCGGGUGCGCAGUGAGCUCUCAGGUCUCCCCUUUUAUUGGAAUUUCCACUGCAUCCUAGCUAGCCCUUCCCUGGUCUCCCAGCAUCUGAUUCGUCCUCUCAUGGGCAUGAGUCUGGCCUUGCAGUGCCAAGUGAGGGAGCUAGCAACCAUGCUUCGUAUGAAAGAUCUAGAGAUCCAGGACUACCAGGAGAGUGGAGCUGUGCUGAGCCGAGAUCGGUUGAAGACAGAGCCAUUUGAAGAAAAUUCCUUCUUGGAACAAUUUAUGGUAGAGAAACUACCAGAGGCAUGCAGUGUAGGUGACGGAAGACCCUUUGUCAUGAACUUACAGAGUCUGUAUAUGGCGGUCACCAGACAAGAGAUCCAAGUGAGACAGAAACAUCCGGGCAGCGGAGAUCCUCAGCUCUCAAGCAGCACCUCCCCACAAGGGACUGAAAACCAACUUCUGAACGAGCCAGAAGAGCCGGUCUCCUCGGCGCCAUCCCUCCCAGUGCCCGAGAAAGAGCCCACAGGUCCUUCAGGCCCUGUGCAGAGACCUCGGCUGUCAAAGGUCAAGAGGAAAAAGCUAAGGGGGCUCUUCAGUUAGCCCAUCACUGUCUCGACUGCUAAGGAUGGACUAGAAGAGCUUCCUCGUGUCACCUUGAGAGGAGCUCCCAUGGCAGCAACAUCUGUGACACGGAAUUAUAUAGUCAGAGCACCACCACCACCCCCCCACCACAAGGCUGAGAUAACAGAAGUUCACACGGACAGGCCUGGGUACUCUUAACCCCCGGGGAAUCUUGGCUCCACCCAUUGGGCACUGGCCUUCCCUAGCCGAGUGGAAGCCAGCUUCCGAGAGUCCCAGACCUUCCUCUCUUUUGUUGGAGGUUCUCCAGACCCAGGAUCCUACCGUGGACUCUAAGCACAGAGGCCAAGUCAGCAAAAAGGCACAAUGCUCUCAGGAAGCCUUGUCCACCUUUCUCAAGAGCCCCUAGCCAACCCCAGGUGCUCCUCAGAGACCCACUUCUCUCUUAAGCAUGGAAUAAAAAGCACUCACACUCCCCUGCUUUCAAGAUUGCUUAUUCUGGGGAACACAGAACCAACUUCUUUCGCUCUACUGGGCUCCACCCACUGUUGUCUCUAGAUGAAGUUCAGGCCCUCGAUCUGCUCCUUCAGAUUCUUCUCAUGCUUCUCUUGUUGUGGCCUGUGCUAAGCCUCCAUUUGGGACCUUUGAUCUUGAGAACUCUCUCCAUGGUGGGCACAACACAGCACAGAUCGCUGCCGCUCUCCUUUGCCCAACAUCAUGUAGGGUGUUUUAUUGUUUUGGGGGGAUUUUUGUCUGUUUCCAAGGCAUAGACAACAGACUAAACCACAGUCUGGGAUAAAAAUUAUAAAGAGCUCCGAGCACAAGGGCUGAGGUAGUUUCCCACUGGAGUGGGAGAGAUUUCAUGCCACUUCAAAUAACAUGACAACUAGGAAAACUUGAAAAGGUAGGACGGCAGGGAGCAGGAAUGGGCACACAGUUCUCUGGGACAACGGAACUGGCCUAGAGCAUGAACAGCACCUUAGCAGGAAGAAGGGCAAAGUUUCUAUGAGGUAGGCAGCAUCCUAGGGAGAAAGUCAACUCUUUGGACAGAUCGGGCAAGACUUAGCAUCCCAUGAUUGGCAAAGUCCCUUGGGCUUUCCGGCUAGGUUCUCCUUACUAGGUAAGACCCUCUGAAACACGACUUCGGAGAGACAGGAAGGAAAGUCGAGCUCAGAUGUUCAUGGGGAGCUGUCGGGUGGAGGGAGGCAUCGGGGCAGGACCCACGGACGCCUCGCCUGGUUUGUUUACUUAUCAUGGUCAAAUGCCUUCCCAUCCCCACGCCUUCCCUGUCUGGGACAGGUGUUUCUGUCCUUACGUCAGGUCAUGGGAAGAGGACAACCCAAGCAAUAAUAAAAUAAUAAUGAUUAUAAGGAGAACAGCACAGAUAUAAGCAGCUAACAGGUACUAAGCAGUUAAUGCACACCAGGUGCCCUGAUAAGCGCCUCACGUUGAAUCCUCACAGCAUCAGAGAGGGAAGAUACUGUUCACCCACUUGGAAAUAGAGUCUGGAAGCGAUUAAGUGACUUAUCAAAGGUCACACAGCUAAUAAGUAACAGCCAGCAUUUAAACGGAGACUGCUGAGCUCUUAGCCGCGUGUAUGCACUGACCAACGUCUCUGUUCUCCGGAAAGGGUGUUAGGCCUUCUUUCUUUCUUCAGCUGUGACCCUCCUUCUCCUAAGGCCCUGCCUCCUUUCAGGAGGAUCUCCUGGUUGCCACUGGCUCCUCACAGCGGGAGGCUCUCAGUACUCCAGGGGCCCCAUGCUUUCACCCGACCAGGAAAGUCUAUGGGCUCCCCCAGGGCUCGUUCCCAGGCACCACCAAUAACGGCUUCUGGACCACAGCACCCUAAGAUGCGCCCCACCAUCCGGACUGUCAUCGAAGUGAACUGGGGACUAUGUACAAACAAGUCCUCAGGUGGCUCACUCUGUUCCCUGGUUUCUUUUUGGCAUAAUUUAGACAAGCCAGAUUCCGGUAUCGAUGAGGUAUGAGACCACAAGGAAAGUGGGAAGACUUCCCCAGCAAGCUGAGUCGGGGGGGAAUAAGGGUUCUUCACCUUGGAUAAUCCCUCUGUGUUAAGACCACGGUGUCAAGAGCAUGCAUUUUUUUUUUAAGAUAUUUUUUAUU